AUGACAUUAAUAUAUUUUAUAAUUUCUUCAACAACUUCUGUUAUAAGUAGAACAUUUAAAGGUAUUAAUAAAUCAAUAAUAUUAGUAGCUAGUAUAUUAAUAGUUAUUCCAACUCUUUAUGAUUGAAAUGAAUUAGAUGUAUAUUAUACUACUGAUGGUAUUGCUGAUAUAUUUAUCCUUUUAAUAGCUUAUUUAUUACCUUUAUCUAUUAUAGCUAAUUGAAAUAGUAUUAAAACAACAUUAUACUAUGAAUUAGUAUUUAAUUUAGGUAUCAUAUUAUUAAUUAAUUUCAUGUGUCAAGAUAUGUUAUCUUUCUAUAUCUAUUUUGAAGCAUCUUUAGCUCCUUUAUUUAUUUUAAUUGGAUUAUAUGGUGCUAAUAAUAGAGAAAAAGCAGCUGAUUAUAUAUUAAUAUAUACUUUAUUUUCUUCAUUAUUUAUGUUAAUAGCUAUUGCUGUUUAUGAAGUAUUAAUUGGUAAUACUGAUUAUCAAGCUGUUAGUUUAUUAGUUUUAUCUACUGAUUUACAAUGUAUCUUAUUCUUAGCUAUUUCUAUAGGUAUUAUGGUUAAAACACCUUUAGUUCCUUUACAUACUUGAUUACCUGUUGUUCAUUCAGAAAGUCCUUUAGCUGGUUCUAUGUUAUUAGCAGGUAUUAUACUUAAAUUAGCUGUUUAUGCUAUUAUUCGUCUAAUCUUACCUACUUUAUCUGAUGCUGCUUACUUAUAUACUCCUUAUGUAACUAUAAUAGGUGUUAUUACUAUAAUUUAUACAUCUCUUAUUACUUUAAGACAAACUGAUUUAAAAGUUAUUGUUGCUUAUAGUUCUAUUGCUCAUAUGGCUGUUUGUAUUCUAGGUCUUAUGUCUAAUAGUGUUGUAGGUAUCGGUGGUAGUCUAAUCUUAUCUAUUGCUCAUGGUUUUGUUUCUCCUGCUUUAUUUAUUAUUGUAGGAGGUAUUCUUUAUGAUAGAUAUCAUAGUAGAUUAAUUUAUAAUUAUCAAGGUUUAAUUACUUAUAUGCCUAUAUUAGCUAUAUAUUUAAUUAUAUUAAGUUUCUGUAAUAUUGGUACUCCUUUAUCUGUUAACUUUAUUGGUGAAUUAUUCUCUCUUACUGGUGCUAUUAAUCAAACUUUCCCUUUAUCUUCUUUAGCUAUAUUAUCUGUAUUAUUAUCUGCUGCUUAUAUGAUGAAAGUUACUAAUAGAUUAACUGGUGGUAUUAAAACACCUUAUAUCGCUUUAACUCAUGAUUGUACUUAUAGAGAAAGUGUAUUAUUAAUUUCUUUAAUUAUACCUACUAUCUUCUAUGGAUUAUUCCCUAAUGGUAUUAUAAACAUAAUAUGAGAUAUAAAUAAAUUAUUAUAUACUUAUUAA